GCUUGGCGCACAGGCGCUUGUUUGUGUCUGCAGGUUCCGUAACGGAGAGCGGCAGAACCGGCGAAGAUGCCCGGAAAGCUGAAGGUGAAGAUUGUGGCCGGGCGCCAUUUGCCUGUCAUGGACCGAGCGAGUGAUCUAACUGAUGCCUUUGUUGAGGUGAAAUUUGGUAACACAACAUUUAAAACAGAUGUGUAUCAUAAGUCCCUUAACCCUCAGUGGAACUCAGAGUGGUUUAAAUUUGAGGUGGAUGAUGAAGAUUUACAAGAUGAGCCUCUGCAGAUUACAGUACUUGACCAUGAUACGUACAGUGCAAAUGAUGCCAUUGGCAAAGUGUAUAUUGAUAUUGAUCCUUUACUGUAUAGUGAGGCUGCUACAGUAAUUUCAGGAUGGUUUCCAAUUUAUGACACCAUACAUGGUAUCCGUGGGGAGAUCAACGUAGUAGUAAAAGUAGACCUCUUUAAUGAUUUAAACCGUUUUAGGCAGUCAUCUUGUGGAGUAAAAUUCUUCUGCACAACAUCUAUUCCAAAGUGUUAUCGAGCUGUAAUAAUUCAUGGAUUUGUAGAAGAAUUGGUAGUGAAUGAAGAUCCAGAAUAUCAGUGGAUUGACCGAAUUCGCACACCAAGGGCAUCAAAUGAGGCCAGACAGAGACUUAUUUCGUUAAUGUCAGGUGAACUACAAAGGAAGAUUGGUUUGAAAGUACUUGAAAUGAGAGGAAAUGCAGUUGUUGGGUAUUUACAGUGUUUUGAUUUGGAAGGAGAAUCCGGAUUAGUGGUACGAGCCAUAGGAACAGCCUGUACGCUGGAUAAAUUAAGUAGCACAGCAGCAUUCCUUCCUGCAUGUAAUUCCCCAUCCAAAGAAAUGAAAGAGAUUCCCUUCAAUGAAGAUCCCAAUCCCAAUACUCACUCAUCAGGACCCUCCACCCCUCUGAAAAAUCAAACUUAUUCCUUUUCACCUUCCAAGUCCUACAGUCGACAGUCCUCUUCUUCUGACACAGAUUUGAGUUUGACACCCAAAACUGCACCUUACCCACAGGGGCCUAGGAUUUUCCUGUGUCCCAGCUCCCCCUCUCUCUCUUCUGGUUCCCCUCAUCUUAAAAAGUCCUGUCUCCUCUCGGAAUCUAGCCUUACCCCUCAUCACUCUAGCCAUAUCAGCCCAGUUGUUCUGAGGAAAAGUGUUUCUUUCAGUGAAGAGUUGCUCCUGGCUGCUUCUGGAAUGGGCAGUGGGAGUGCUGGAAAAGAAGGGGGGCCAUUUAAAGCUCUGUUAAGACAGCAGACUCAAUCAGCGCUGGAACAGAGGGAAUUUCCAUUUUUUACCUUGACGGCAUUUCCUCCUGGAUUUCUUGUGCAUGUUGGAGGUGUUGUUAGUGCACGCUCUGUGAAGCUUUUGGAUCGCAUCCACAAUCCUGCCUUUGUCGGAAUUAUGGGUAACACAAGAUCUUACAAACUGCUAGACUGGAAUAGUUUCAAUUCAGAUGAACCAGAAACUCGAGAUGCUUGGUGGGCAGAAAUCAGACAAGAAAUAAAAUCUCAUGCAAAAGCAUUAGGCUGUCAUGCUGUAGUGGGCUACAGUGAAUCAACUAGUAUUUGUGAAGAGGUCUGUAUUUUAUCUGCAUCUGGCACGGCAGCUGUACUGAAUCCUAGAUUUCUUCAGGAUGGCACGGUGGAAGGCUGUUUGGAACAAAGGUUGUCAUGGCAGCCUGGCUUCUUUUCCAUAGGACAAGAAGAAAAUUUACCUCCUGGUUGUGGAUUUUGCCACAUACCUUAUGAUGAACUGAAUAUGCCAUUCCCAGCUCACCUCACUUAUUGCUACAGCUGCAGAAAGCAAAAGGUUCCUGAUGUUCUUUUUACAACAAUAGAUCUUCCUACUGAUGCAACAGUUGUAGGAAAAGGUUGUCUUAUUCAAGCCAGGUUAUGUCGCUUAAAAAAGAAAGCUCAAGCAGAAGCAAAUGCUACCGCUAUCAGCAAUUUGUUGCCGUUCAUGGAAUAUGAAGUGCAUACUCAGUUAAUGAAUAAGCUGAAACUCAAAGGAAUGAAUGCUUUGUUUGGACUAAGGAUUCAGAUUACAGUGGGUGAAAAUAUGUUGAUGGGAUUAGCAUCUGCAACAGGUGUAUAUUUAACAGCAUUACCAACCCCUGGUGGUAUCCAGAUUGCUGGGAAGACACCAAAUGAUGGUUCAUAUGAACAACAUAUAUCUCAUAUGCAAAAAAAGAUAAAUGAUACAAUAGCUAAGAACAAAGAGCUCUAUGAAAUCAAUCCUCCUGAAAUACCUGAAGAGAUAAUAGGAUCUCCCAUUCCAGAGCCUCGGCAGCGUUCGAGACUGUUGCGGUCUCAGUCUGAAAGUUCUGAUGAAGUUAUAGAACUGGAUCUCUCACAUGGGAAAAAAGAUGCCUUCGUACUAGAGAUUGAUGACACAGAUGCCAUGGAAGAUGUACAUUCUUUACUUACAGAUGUUCCUCCACCUUCAGGCUUUUAUAGCUGCAAUACAGAGAUUAUGCCUGGCAUCAAUAAUUGGACAUCAGAAAUACAGAUGUUCACUUCAGUAAGAGUAUCCAGAUUAAGCAACAUUAAUUUGACAAAUCAGACGCUCAAUAAGAACUUUAAUGAUCUCUGUGAGAACUUGCUCAAGAGCCUAUAUUUUAAACUUCGUUCUAUGAUCCCCUGCUGCCUUUGCCAUGUCAAUUUUACAGUAUCUCUUCCUGAAGAUGAAUUAAUUCAGAUCACUGUCACAGCAGUUGCGAUAACAUUUGACAAACAUCAGGCUGUACAAACCACAAAAACUCAUGUGGAAAAGUCAUUACAAAGAGCCUCUGCUGACAAUGAAGAACUUCUACAGUUUCCAUUGGAACUUUGCACAGAUUCACUUGCUUCUCACCCUUUUUCACCAGCUAAAGAACACCUGGAGAGUGCAAGUUCUAACUCAGGUAUACCAGCUGCACAGAGAGCGACAUCAAUUGAUUACAGUUCCUUUGCAGACAGAUGCAACAGCUGGAUAGAGCUCAUUAAACUGAAAGCUCAGACCAUAAGACGUGGAUCAAUUAAGACAACUGUGUCAGUUGAGAAAGCAAGCCCUUUAACUGAAGGACAUUUCCGGCAACGUUCUGCUCCUGCGUGUGCAAAUUCUACAGUCGGUGUGGUUAAGAUGACACCCCUUUCUUUCAUUCCUGGGGCAAAAAUAACAAAAUAUCUUGGUAUAAUUAAUAUGUUUUUUAUACGAGAAACCACUUCGUUACGUGAGGAAGGAGGAGUCAGUGGUUUUCUUCAUGCUUUUAUUGCUGAAGUAUUUGCAAUGGUGAGAGCUCACGUUGCAGCAUUAGGAGGGAAUGCAGUUGUCUCUUAUAUAAUGAAGCAGUGCGUGUUUAUGGAAAAUCCAAACAAAAAUCAGGCACAAUGUCUAAUAAACGUAAGUGGCGAUGCGGUGAUUUUUGUACGUGAAUCUGAAUUAGAAAUUAUAUCAGCUCAGCAACCCAUUGCUAGCUGCCAGCCUGCAUGCAGUGGAGGAGAAAUUGCUACCUGAGAAAGACCCAAAGGAAAAGUCAGUGCUUGUUGCAAGAUGUCUGCCUACUUCUUCAGAGUUGGUCCUUCUAGGAUUUUAAAAAGUAGAGCUUAACAUGAGACAAUCAGGAAAGGUGUGAUGGAUAAGAAUUCUCUCAUCCUUUAAUUUUGCCUGCACCGUGUAGACAAUAAGAGUAUUGACUUUAGAAUUUGUGAAGAAAAAUGGCACAGAACAAUUGAAGAAAAGAUACAACCUACUUGUGAAAUUAGCUAUAUUUUAAUAAAUAUAGAGCUCCAACUACUAUUUUUAAAUAAAGUGUGUUCAUUUGGAAGACAUCAUUUAAAAACAAAACAACAACUAAACCCUGGAACAUAAUCGGGAAACUAGGAUAGUUACUCCGGUAUAAUUUUGAAAUAAGCACUAAAUUCACAAAUGUAUUUAAAAUGUGUGAGGAAAAACUUGAGCUAGUAAAAAUUAAGAAAGGUAACCAAAACUACAUGGAUUUGAGUUUCUUCAUCUAUUUUAUUUUGUUCAACAAUUUGAUGACUACUGCUGAAGGAGCAAGGAACGUGCUUUUGACAAUCUUUUUUUUUUUGUAAAGUCUUGUCAUUUGCAUUAAUUAUAUGGCUAUAAUUAGCAUGUUAAAAAUAAUUUCUCAGCACUGAGUCAUUUUAGUAUGUUUUCAUGCUGCUUUUUUGUCAUUUAAAUAAGAAAACCAUUUUACAUUUUAAUAACUGAUUGUACCAAGCUAUUUCUUAACUCCACAAAUGCUAACUUAAGAAUUUCAAAUAUAAAAUAGAGACUUAGUGAAAUUCAUUUAUUGCGGGUUCAGUCUAAUUUUGCCUAAGUUUAGACAUCAUUCAGUGAGAUUAGGGAAAUCAAUUUCUAAGAAAACUCUAGCCUUUUAUUGAAUAAUAAACGGUGCUUUAGAAUAUAAUAUACGAGUGAGUUUGGAUAGCAUUUGACCUGGAAAUUGUAAGUGUAACUUGAAUGUAAAUAUUGCAUUUUCACAUAGGAAUAAUAUUUUUUCCAUCAAUGCCAAAUACCCACUGUAAGUGAAUUUUUUUCAGAAAUUGCAUUCCUCCUUUACACAAUAAAAUUUCUAUACAAAACUUUC